UAUCAAUUUUGACGGUGAAGAUAUACAGCAUCAUUUCUUAUCAGUUUCAAUUGCUGUGUCUCAGAACCCACUUACAAGGGAUCACAUCGAUCAAGAAAUUGAUGAUGGUUGAACUCGAAGGAUCACUCAGCUUCAAGAGCCACGAGUUGGGGAACAUUUUCUAUUUUAGAUCUCCAAAAAUAGAUAUAAAUAAUAGCAUCCUUGAUGAACCAGCAAGCAAAAAGGACACAGAUGCCUUUAAUCACUUGUCAAGAUCAAACAGCAACUCAUCCGAAAGUAACUUGCAUCAGCCAGAGAUUGAUAGAGACCAAGCUGCAUUAAAGUUGCAAAGAGUUUACAAGAGUUUCCGAACAAGGAGGCAGCUGGCAGAUUGUGCUGUUCUCAUUGAGCAGAGAUGGUGGAAGGUGUUGGAUUUUGCCGAGCUGAAGCGGAGUUCUAUAUCAUUUUUUGACGUUGAUGGAACAAAAACCGCCCUUUCACCUUGGUCGAGAGCAAGAAAGAGAGCUGCAAAGGGCGGGAAGGGUCUAUCCAAGGAUGAGAAGGCUUGUAAGCUUGCUUUACAGCAUUGGCUAGAGGCAAUUGAUCCUCGACAUCGCUAUGGUCACAAUCUUCAACUUUAUUAUCUUAGAUGGCUUAAUUGUGAUAGCAAUCAACCUUUCUUCUAUUGGCUUGACAUUGGCGAAGGCAGGGAGGUGAGUCAUGAGAGAUGCCCAAGAUCAAAACUUCAACAGCAAAGCAUCAAGUAUCUUGGUCCAGUGGAAAGAGAGGCUUAUGAAGUGAUAAUCAAGAAUGGGAAGCUAAACUACAAGCAGAGCGGGAAAUAUGUUGAAACCACAGGAGAUGAUGCUAAAUGGAUUUUUGUGCUUAGUGUAUCCAAGACUUUGUAUGUUGGACAGAAGAUUAAGGGGAAGUUUCAACAUUCAAGCUUUCUGGCAGGUGGAGCGACACUAUCUGCUGGAAGAUUAGUGGUGGAAGAUAGUGUUCUGAAGGUAGUUUGGCCUCACAGCGGCCAUUAUCGCCCAACUAAAGAAAAUUUCCAAGAAUUCAUGUCAUUCCUCGAGGAGCAUAAUGCCGAUCUUACAGACAUGAAGGUAGAAAAUGCAAAGAUACUUGAUUUAUCGAAGGGUGAUAUAGUGUAUUAGCUAGGAGGGGAAAAAGCAUAAUUACAUACCCGCUCACUCUCGUCAUUUCCAUUGUAA